AUGAGCUCCAACACUGCAGUGUUUUCUCUGGUUUUAGGUCAGUGGUCCUUCUUCACUUGUCACCUCUAUGAGUAUCACUUUAUUGGAGAGAAUAAGACCUGGGAUGAAGCACAGAAGUAUUGCAAACAGAACUACACUGACCUGGCCACAGUGUCUAACAUGACAGACGUGAGGAGACUCCUUAACGCUACAGUGCAGCAAAGAGAAGCCUGGAUUGGGCUGUACAACCAAACAAAUGGCAACAAGAUGUGGCACUGGUCUCUGCCAGGAGUGGAGUUCAAUGAUAGUGAGACAGAUUGGGGUGAUCUUCCUUCUAAACAGCCGAAUGAUUAUGCUGGUGUUGAGAACUGUGUGUGCAUCGAUCCUCAGAAUAAAUGGCAAGAUGUCCUUUGUACUGAAAAUUAUAAAGUUAUCUGCUACGAUGAAAGAAAUCAAUCCAAUAAAUUCAAACUGAUUGACAACAGCAUGACUUGGCCACAGGCUCAGAAGUACUGCAGAGAAAAUCACACUGACCUGGUCAGUGGACUCAGUCAGAUACAAGAUGCAGAAUACAAUAAAAAUAAUGAAAACAAGAGGAUUUGGAUCGGCCUGUUCAGAGACACCUGGAGGUGGUCAGAUGGGAGCAGUUCCACCUUCAGAAGCUCCGAUCCAGAUAAAGUGAUCCUGAUCAAAGAAAAUAAGACCUGGGAGGAGGCCUUAUAUUACUGCAGAGAGAACUACAGUGACCUGGUCUCCAUCACUAACCCUCACCAGCAGAGAUGGGUCCAAGAGAGAGCCAAGAACGCCUCAACUGAUUUCGUCUGGCUGGGACUGCGCUACACCUGCACUCUGGAUUUCUGGUUCUGGGUCAGCAAUGAUGUUGUCAACUAUACAAACUGGGCCCCAGGAGAAAAGACUGAUGGCUGUGGCAUGUCAGGAGCCAUGGACGGAGGAGGACAACAUCAGUGGUUCAAAAACCUGGAUAAUAACAAGUUUAAUUUCAUCUGUUCUAAGUGUUGAAACCCACUCUGCUCACUGG